CGAAAACGCGGCGAGUCGGUCUGAAAUCUGAAUGCUUAAUUUUAUUGUGUCACGCGGCCGCGGCAUAGUUAGGCGCGCUGGGCGGGAAACGGUCGCGCCGUGCGGCCAUUUUUGUGAUUUCGGCGGGAAAUCUGACGUUCCGUUUUGUGAAAUUGAAAAGUGAAUUGUUUUUUUAUGGAUGUUUUGGGACGGAUGCUGUGAUUUUUUUACGGCGAGAUGAAUAAGAAAUCGCAUAAAAAGAAGCAAAAGAAGCGCGGGAAAGGCGAUGGAAGGAACAAGGAGAACAUUCCCGAGGCCGAAGUCGAGGCCGAGGAGGUCCAGGAGGUCCAAGAGGUCCUACCCACGCCUGACCUGUGCUAUGAGGUCAAACACUCGGAUGUUAUGGGACGGUACUUAGUGGCUCGACGCGACAUCCGCGCCGGAGAGAUAAUCCUGGAAGCCCCCGCGUUGGCUGUAGGCCCGUGCGCAGGCUGUCCCGUCGUGUGCCUCGGGUGCUACCGCGAGCUGCAUGACGUGGCCUUAUACAAAUGCGACGGCUGCAAAUGGCCCCUCUGCAGCAAGACGUGCUUCGGCCGGAGACGGUACACCGGGCACUCCGCGUACGAGUGCGAGGCGUUGAAGAAGUGCCCUCCCAACUACAACGAUAUGGAGGAUUUGAAGGAGUCGUACCACGCAUUGAUGCCUUUAAGGUGCCUACUUCUAAAAAAGGCGGACCCGUCCAAAUGGGCAGCGGUGUCAGCCAUGGAAGCCCAUAAUGCUCUUCGGAAGGAAAGACCUGAUAUAUGGCCCAGCAACGAGACUCAUGUUCUAAGCCGGCUGAAGGCUUGGAAAAUGGAGUUUGAUGAUGAAGAGAUGCACACUAUUUGCGGGAUACUUGAGGUGAACGCCUUCGAAGUCGGUGGAGGUGGGGCUAACGCUCGCGCGCUCUACGACCAAGCGUAUCUCCUGGCUCACGACUGCACUCCCAGUACAACCCACACAGACGCCGAGACGAAGCCAAACAGACCUCUUACCGUACGAGCAGCCGUGACGCAUAAGGCAGGGGACUUACUGUCGCUGUGCUAUGCGUAUACGUUACAGGGCACGUUAAAACGCCGCGAGCACAUCAAACACAGCAAGUUCUUCGAGUGCUGCUGCCGGCGCUGCGCCGACCCCACCGAGCUCGGCACGCUCGCCAGCGCCUUCCGCUGCCCCAAGUGCGCCGGCCGCGUGCUGCCCGCCGCGCCGCUCCACCCCGCGGCACCGUGGAACUGUGUAGAUGAGUGUAGCUACAGUAUGUCGGCAGCUGCCGUUCAACUGCUGCUUAAAAGGCUUACGGACGAGUUUGAACAAAUCGACGCCAAUGACGUCCCCGGCUUCGAGACCUUCCUUCAUAAAUACCGUAACGUAAUACACGGGGGGCACUACCUGCGGCUGUCUGCGCUUCACUCGUUGUCGCAGCUCUAUGGCAAAGCGGCGAGCUACCUCAUCCAUGAGAUGCCGGAACCCGAGCUGCAUAGGAAGAUUGAGGUGUGCCGUGAGCUGAUGAAGGCAUUUGAUGUUAUUGAGCCGGGAUAUUCUAGGUUACGAGGUGUGACACUGUACGAGCUGCAUGCGCCACUGAUGAUCCUGACCACACGCAAGUUUGAGAGCAAAUCCAUCUCUAAGGAUGAGCUGCGUACAAGGCUGAAAGAGAUCGUAGGCUACCUCUCCGAAGCUGCUCUGAUCCUCGGCUUCGAGCCUUCCCAGUCCUCCGAAGGUCUGAUGGCAUCCGCCGCCAAGGAUGCCCUCAAGAAGAUCAAGACUUGGGAGCAAAUCAUCGGCAAGAUCUCAUGAACUUACCUAUAGUUGUGUUCCAAUUGGGCUGGUCUUUCUUUGGAUCUGUGGACAUUUUGUGGUAUAAAUCAUGUCUCUUUUCUUCUAUAAUGGUUAGAAUGAGAGAUGCUUUGUCAUUGUCACGGUGUCUGAGGACCUACCGCGAACGCCGAAGUACGCAAAUUGCGGGCAACUAUCUCUGUUGUUCCAAUUAAGGCGUAAUUAGAGUGACAGAGAAAGAUGCCCACAAUUAGCGAACUUCGGUGUUCGCGGUAGGCCCACUGGUUUGGCAGCUACGUGAAAUAUGUAAUUUUGAUUUUAUUUUAUAUAUUUUAUUGGGAUACAAACAGCUUAAAAUCUUACACAAUAUGAAUUAAUAUUAAUAAAACACAAGCCAAAACAGUUUCCACUAGUAAUUAAAGCAGAAAAGCUCAAAGGGAACUUAAUGAAAUACAAAAUAUAAAAAAAGUAUUAUUCACAAGUAUUCUAUAGUAAUAUAUUUAUUAUUAUACAUUAGUAAUAUAAUAUUAUUUAAUAGUAUAUAUUAGUAAUAUAAAAUAUAAAGGAUAAUUGAUAUGAAAGGUACAAAAUUGUUGU